AAGUACCUGAUACUUUUCAAGUGUACUCGUUUGCCGUUCCUGAUACAGUCGCGUAUCAGUGACAAAGUAUCAAGUUGAUAGUUUUCGACCCACCUCUAGCAUGAAGAGAGAUGCCACGCAUGCGUACAAUGAGCAAACAGGAGACAUCCGUAGUGGGACACUUUUUCGUGCGUGCAGCCGGCGUUCAUCGAUUUAUUAGACGUUGUCACGUCAAUAACUGGAUAUUUUUUACGAAAAAAAUAAUGCAAAAAGUGUGAAUUGCAGGAUUAAUAGUAUUGUGAAAAUUGUUGUUAAUAAUGUUUUACUUAUAUAAUCAUAGGAUUGUGAAAAUUGUUUAGUUUAGAUUUGUUAGGCUUGUGACUAAAAUGUCAAGUAUAUAAAAAUAUUGUAGAAACACAUUUAAACAUUCGCUUUUACAAUACCAUUGUGUACGAGAUUUUUUGAGUGUCGUACGAGAAUGUUUGCUCCUUGGUACGAGACAUUGACAUUUACAUUCUGGCAACACUGCCGGCCAUGUUUACAUUACGUCUUUAGAAAAAAUGCGAAGUUGCACUAACGUGGGUCAUUCGGGCAGGGUACUGAAACUAUGUGAGUUGUAGGUUUCCACUACAAUUCAGGAGUGAAGUGAACUUAUUUACAGUGUGGAAUUAAGUGGGUACUUAUUUUUAUAGGAAAAUAUAAAUAUUUACGAACUUAAGUACAGAUUCAUGUAAUAAGCUAUUUAUUAACACUGGAAUCAUUUUAUAGACAUAUUAAGCCUAUUGUUUCUUCUUGUUAAAAAUCAAUCUCAUUCGUACAUUGAUGUUUAUGUUCACUAUAGUAAAUAAUAAAAAAUACCUUUUAAUUGUAAAAAUCCGUAACAAAUAUUGGUGAAAAAAUAAAUGGGUAAAUAUAAAUUUUUAGUUUGUGGUUUCUGAGAAUAAAGGGACUAUAAUUUUCUGUUGUAUUGUAGUGGGUUUAAUUUGUGUGAUUUUCAAGUUUAAUGAUUGGGUAGUUAUCGGACGUCGCGGCUUUUUAUAAGGGAAAGAAAAAAAAAAUCGGGAAACAUGGUUUUCACACACUGCACACGUCUCUAAAUUUACCCUGAAGGCUGGGGUGAUGACGGCCACGCAGAGCGCGGUGGUGGGCGCGGGAAGUGCCCUGGUCGCAGCGCUGGGCCUCUGGCUACUGCUGCGCUCACGGAGGAAGGAGCAGCAGCCCACACGGUGGCGGAGAGCGGGCCAGCUGUCCGAGAUCCUGCUGUACCCCCUCAAGUCCGGCCGGGGACUUGCGCUGCAGCAGGCCGAGUGCACGGAGCUGGGACUGCAGGUGGUCGGGCCGGGUUCCAGCAACUUGCGCGACAGGUUUUUCGUCAUAUUUGGGGAGAAACAUGGUGAUCACAAGAACCUCAAGACGUACCCUGCAAUGGGCUUUAUAACACUUUCUGCAGAUGAGGAGGAGACUGUCUUAUUCCAGGCUCCUGGAAUGCCUGACCUAAGGAUCAACAUACCUCUAAUAGCUUCCCUGAACAACCAGAAACAGUGCUUGCUGUGGAAGGACGACCGAGUGGGCACUGUUGACUGUGGCGAGGAAGCAGCCAGGUGGGCAUCUCGCUACGUUCUGAACAAGGACUCGGGGCUGAGGCUCGGCUUCUACCUCAUGCCGGUGGUUGAGCGGCGGAGUGUGGAGUUCAAGGCGUGGGCCGAGUUCCGCACCUUCUACAAGAAGUUGCGCACUCAGGACCUGGGGGCCUACUCAGACCUUGCCAGUUACAUGUUGCUGACUGAAUCUUCCGUGAAGGACCUAGACUCCAGGCUGGACGAGCGGUCCAGAGGCAUUGGCUGUUUGCAGUUCCGCCCCAACUUUGUGGUGAGCGGUACACAGCCGUAUGAGGACGACUCCUGGGACUGGAUACGCAUCGGCGACAACGCAAUCUUCAGGAACGUGAAGCCUUGCGUUAGAUGUACCAUUACAACCCUGAACCCAGAAACAGGAAUUAGGGACCCAUAUGUGGAGCCAUUCAAAACUAUGCAAAAGUACAGGAAAGUGACAGAUCCCAGAGCAAAGAAGAUAGAUGAAGAUGCACCUGCAAUGGGACGUUAUAUUGGUCUAUAUGAGCCUGGUAGAGUUAAAGUUGGGGAUCCUAUUUAUGUUGGUUGUGACUGAAACAUGUAAAGGAGAGCUAGUUUAUCACUUAUAUUGCUAUGCUAGUGGGAGAUUGGUUCUUAUAUAAUUACUAUGAAUUUUGUAUUUAGUAAGAGUCUUUACACUAACUUUAUACAAUGGUAUAUGUAAAAGAUCUUCAGAAUCAGAAUUCCAUGACAUCCACAAGAUGCAUCAAGAUUUUGUGAAAAAUGUUAUGUAUUUGGGAGAAUUAUUAUUUCACUUUAAAAUUUGCCAUAAAUUCCCAUUGGAUAUUGCUUCAAUUUAUUUACAUACAUCAAGAUCGUGAUAAGUUCAGCAUUCCCCACACCCCUCCAACUAGAGAAUAUCUGUUAAAAAAUAUUUGUAACAGAAUAACAAAUGCAAUGGAGGUAGUGUGUUAAAAUUAAGAGAGAGAGCUCUUAAAUAAUAGUAGUGAUGAGAAAAUAAACAUGAUGUGAGACGAGCCUCAAGUUGGUGCUGCUGUUUCUCCUGUUCAAGUAGUGAGUUCCGUGGGCUACCUAAGCAAAAGCAAAGAAUGCAAAGUAAAUGCAAGACUACCUUGCAAGUCCUCUAAAAUUCAAAUAUCAUAGCCUUACCUGGCAGUCCCUCUCCCUCCCAGUGAGUCGCCGCCCACCACAUUGUGUGGUGAGGAUCACGGGUCAAAUGUACGAGUGCCAAGUCAGUACCAUGAUGGUUUGGUGCCUAGAAUACCAUUGCCAUUGCCUUGAGGCUGCUUGAUCAUGGUAGGUUUUGCAUGUACAAAAAGAGUAUAUAUUUUGAUAAUUAUUUACAAAGUGUAUUUAAAUAAUAAUUGUGUAACAAUAACUGUAUUUUUUAUAUUUGAUGAUGUAGUACCUGAUUUAAAUAAAUAUAUUUUUUACAA